CUGCACAGCUGUUGUACUCCAGUUUCUCUGAGGAGGAUGUAGGAGCUGGAUGGAGAGGAUGACCGGCUGCUCGGACUCCUAAAACCACCUCAGACAAGCUCAAAACAUCUCAAAUAAACUUCUCUUGCACAUUCAGGGGUUCUCCAUUGUUUGGUCCGCGGAUGGAUUCCAGGCUCCAUAUCGGACCGGUGGUUCCGACACCGGACCCAACCGGCAGCGCGCCUUGGAAUAUCAGCUCCAUCAACCCGCACCGGCUCAUGGAGGUGUCUCCGGUGGCUCCAGCUAACCAGGACGCCAUCGUCCCGGCCCACGUGUUUCCGACGGUAAACGUCCCGGCUCACGCCCACUACACCAUCGGCGUCGUCAUCCUGGCUGUGGGCAUCACAGGCAUGCUGGGAAACUUCCUGGUCAUUUACGCUUUCAGCAGAAGUCGGAGCCUUCGGACACCGUCCAACAUCUUCAUCAUCAACCUGGCGGUCACAGACUUCCUGAUGUGUCUCACCCAGACGCCCAUCUUCUUCAUCACCAGCAUGCAUAAACACUGGAUCUUUGGGAAAAAAGGGUGUGAACUGUACGCUUUCUGUGGCGCGCUGUUUGGCAUCUGCAGCAUGAUGACACUGAUGGUGAUCGCAGUGGACCGAUACGUUGUCAUCACCCGGCCGCUGGCCUCUCUGGGAGUCAUGUCUCACAGAAAAGCUCUCUGCUUCGUGGCCGCGGCCUGGCUCUACUCCAUGGGCUGGAGCCUUCCCCCGUUCUUCGGCUGGAGUGCCUACGUCCCUGAGGGUCUGAUGACUUCCUGCUCUUGGGACUACAUGACCUUUACCCCUUCGGUGCGCUCCUACACCAUGUUGCUCUUUACAUUUGUUUUCUUCAUCCCUCUCUUCAUCAUCAUCUUAUGCUACUGCGGCAUCUUCAGAGCCAUCCGCCACACAACACGAGCGAUAUCAAAGAUCAACUGUGAGGGAAGAAGAGACUCUGCAAAGAGGUUCCAUAAAAUGAGGAGUGAAUGGAAAAUGGCUAAAAUCGCCUUAAUCGUCAUUUUGCUGUUUGUCAUCUCCUGGGCUCCGUACUCCUGUGCAGCCCUCACUGCAUUUGCAGGGUACGCCGACUUACUGACUCCUUACAUGAAUUCAGUUCCUGCAGUGAUCGCCAAAGCUUCAGCCAUUCACAACCCCAUCAUCUACGCCAUCACGCAUCCGAAAUACAGAUCGGCCAUCAGCAGAUACGUACCAUAUCUGGGCAUGUUGCUGUGCAUCAGCAGCAGGGACCGCUACAGCAGCAGCAGCCUGCAGUCCACACGCCGAUCGACACUGACCAGCCAAUCGGAGUGCAAAGGCACCGGCAGGCAUCGCACCUCGUCCCAGUCCGAGAGCGAAUCAGCGCACUUCUCGGACACCGAGGAGGACUGCUCAUCUCAGACGCCUGCCGGUCGUCACUCGUCCGCUGACGUCAAACAGGUGCGCCAUGCGAGCCAGAGAUCAAAGGUGAGUGGUCACAACGCUGGAGCGUUUGAGAGAACCGCUGCCCUCCACCCCACUGACCCGGCCAUUUGUCACCUUUCACAGCUCACCACUCUGACAGAGCCUGAAGACAUCUGCAUGCUGGAGAUCAGCCGGCAGCCAACCAGCCAUCUGUCUGCUACUCUGGAUAGCAUGAUGAGGGAGCCCGGACCAAAGACGGUGUCCAAGAACCCGUCGUCCAUCAUCGUCGCCUCCAUAUCCACCCCGUCCAUCCUGCACAGUCCUCCCGGUUUCCACGGCAGCCUCAAAGUGGCCAGAACCGUUACUCCGGUCAGUAAGGAGCUGCUCGACAUCGCCAGACUGGAGACGACGACGGCGUUACCGUGAACAGUAAAGUCUAGUACUGUGUCGCCGUGUCUCCCUUCUGAGGAGUAACCUGUACCAGCAUGCUGUCUGAUCGUUAUGGUUCCCUUUGCAUGCAAUGAAAAUAUGUGAGCCUGAAUUCCCAGAAAGUUUAGGUGAUGUGUGUUUGAGCUGCAGGAAUGGGCCGGUUUCCAGUCUUAAUAAAUCAACGCCACGGUUUUCAGAAGUCA